CAAGAUUCAAGUACUUUGAAUCAAUUUGCACUUUUGAAAUUUCAAGCUGUUGUAUAGUUGAUAAAAUGAAACAAACAAAAAAAUUUCAUUCACAUAAAAAAGACAUUGUUUCUCUAAAAAGCAACAUUAUUUUAAGAUGCAGCUUUUUCCUUGGAAGGUAAGAUUAUUUUCCAACAAAAUAUAACUUACAGAAUAAUAAUAUUAAGCAUAUUUUAAUGUAAUGUUAAUUGCCAUUAUUUUUCACAAUUAAAUUUUUACCAUUACUUCAUUUCUUAUCUGGAGAGCCAAUAAAUGACAAUUGGGAUGCAUUUUUCAUGACUCAGCAUUUUGGUUAUUUAUUAAGUUAGCUCUAAUAUUUCAGUUGCCUUUAUCAUCUACCUGAAAAAACAAAUCAAUAUCUGAUAGGGCAUUGCAGCAAGGUAUAUAAGCAUGAGGUUUGUGCUGCUCAGUCUCGGUUUGUCACUUCCAGCCACCUGACUAAGAAGUGACAUUUAAAUCUUCCUCCUAUCCCUGUUAUCUGAUUUGCAGGAAUCCAAGACUUAAGCAACCAUGUCCAGCUCAGGCGAGGCAGAGCUCCUGCACACAUUUAAGGGCAUUCCCUUUACCACCAGGUCUUCUCCAGAGCUUUUAAAAUCCUUAGAUACUUUUGAUGCUAGAGAAGAUGAUGUCCUUUUGGUUUCCUAUCCCAAAUCUGGCACUCACUGGCUUGCAGGAGUUAUAACAAAGCUUUAUGACACUCAAGUCACAGUAACAUCUCCCAUUGAACUUGGAGACAUUUCCCGACUGGAGGAGCUGAAUAAACUCUCAUCAAAGAGAAUCAUCCCAACACACUUAGACUACAACAUGUUGCCUCCAAAUUUUAAGAAUAAGAAAUGCAAGAUGAUCUACAUCAGCAGAAAUCCAAAAGACACUGCAGUUUCCAUGUUUCAUUACUACAAAGAUAACCCAAACCUUCCCACUGUAGACAGCUGGACUGCUUUCUUUGACCUGUUCUUAAAAGGCAAUGUUGUCUGUGGAUCCUGGUUUGAUCAUUUCCUAAGCUGGGAAGAACAUGAAGAUGAGAAAAAUAUCCUCUUUUUGUUCUAUGAAGACAUGAAGAAGGAUCUCCCUAAGGUAGUAAAGGAAAUUACUCUGUUCCUGAAUUUAAAUGUCAGUGAUGAUGAUAUCCAAGACAUCUGCAAGAAGUCCUCAUUCUCAGAGAUGAAGAAUGAUACAGAGAAGGAGAACAGCGACCCCAGUCACACCGUGUGUGCUCUGACAUCCAACAGGAAGCUGAUUUUCCGAAAAGGUGCUGUUGGUGAUUGGAAGAACUACUUCACUCCAAAGCAGAAUAUUAGGUUUCAGGAGAUGUUUAAUGAGAAAAUGAAACUCAGCAAGAUGGCAAACAGUUUCAUCUAUGAGUACUGAGUCCCUGUGAAGAACAAUAUCCAGUUAUCAACAAACAUGCACAAAACAGUUGGUGGGAAGUUCUGAAUGGGUGUUCCCAUGAGUUUAUAAUUCUUCCAGUAGGAAGGAUGGGUAAACAUGGGUUCUUGAAGUCCUGACACAGUGCCAGAGCUGAACUCAGUUCUCAGAGGGCAGGUGUACGUGGUUUCAGAGUCAGGUGUCAGACCUUGGUUUAACAACCAAAUCUACUUUGUCAUUUAUUUAUUUUCUUUGCUCCAAGGGGAUAUAAACAGACUUCGUAAACCUGAAUAAAGAAUUUUACCCAAGAUAAUAUGAAGAGAAAAACAAAUGACAAACUUGCAAGAAACUGAAUGUAUAAGAAAUCUAAAAACACAUCAUAAGAAAAUUACCAAAAAUUUGACCCCAGACUUGCUUCUUCUGUAAUAGACCAUGAUUUGGAAGUGCCUAUCUUAUUGGACAUUGCUAUUGAUAAUUAAGUUGAAAACUGCAGCAUUUGAAGAUCUGAAGUUUGUUUACAAAAGUGUUUCUUUUUUUCCUUUUCUUUUCUAACACUAUAUAGUUCUUUGAUGUAACUUAUUUCUGGAUUAGGUACCAGAGAGUCAUUGUGUUUUAAAUGCAACUGAUACAAAUCCAAAUAAAUUUCAGCGCCACAUGUUGAGCAACCGUAAAUGUGUUUAUUUUCCAUGUGAUUUUCUUCCUGCAAAAUUCCUGUUUCCAGUGUUUUGAUGAGAAGUAUUUUACUUCCCACUCCUUGAGCAACAAAACCAAACCACAGCUCAGAGACAGCUUAAUCCAAACAGCACUUAUUUAUUUACUCUGCCCUGAUAAACAGAUUUUCCAAGAAUCAGCUAUCUGUGUCCACAUCUCAGGGAGUGUUCUACCAAGCCACACGGCUUCAAGGCAGAACACAGUUCCUGUGUGUGAGAGAAGCUCCUCUCCUGGGUGUGUUGCUUCUGAGGUACAGAAACAACCUUGAUUCAUCAACACUCAUCUCCCUCCAGCCACACACUUCACACUUGCCAGGCAGCCACUUCAUUUCAUACCUGCUUUGUGCAAGCUGGCAUCAACACCUACUGAUUUUGCACCUGCAUAAAGACACAGAAGUUAUGGUGCUGAGGAGAGCGGGAGAAAAGCCUGUGUGCAGUCCUUUGCCAUUUACCAACUCAACACAACCUGAGGGAGAUGAUGCCCUGCUCUAUACAAAUAACCAUUUGAUGUGUUACUUUACUCUUCUGACAUUAAAAUCACUCACUCUUCCCCUAGAAUGCCACUGUUGCCCUCCUUUCAGGUGUUUUUCUUCCCCUAUUAAUAAGUGGCAAGAGAUCAGCUGAUGAAAAUAAUUGGACAUUUUACUUAGAGACUUAUUUUUUUCUGGCCAUUUGAGUAUGGGAAAAAAAGCCAGAGGGUCCUUGGGGAAAUGAGGUUUGCAAGUGAGUUUAGCUGCACUAAGACUGCUGUAAGCAGUGUUUGUACCACACAUUGUAUGCAGACAGAAAAAGGAUUGUUUAUAUCAACAUCAUACUCACAAUGUGGAACUGUGUGUGAAGGGACAGGAUGAGGACUUGCCUUUUGGACCAAGGUAAGCUUGCUCAACUACUUAAACCUACCCAUCAGCCAGGGAGGUAACGGUGUGCUGCUCAAAGUGCAGUUAGCUCUCUAGCUGCUUUGGGGGGAUGAGGAAUGAAUCAGUUUACAGCAUGGCCUACUGGCCAAAUAAAGGAUUUACAUAGGUUAAAAUUAACAAAAAAAAAAAAAAAAAAAAAACUUUCAGCAGGGCUUAAUCAGAGCUAGGCCAUGUGUCUCUGUGCUACCCAAGCAGCCUGGCUGGAGUAGCCCGAACUCCCUUGCUGCUAGCAGGGGCAGCAGUUCAGAGGCACCGCAGGGCACUGGUCCAGUUUGCUCUCUACAUUGCCAUGCACUGCCUGCAAGUUUACCCCCAAAUCCCCUUAAAACCUCUUGACUUCCAUAAUAAAUCAAAUGUCUGCUUUGUUUGAGCAAAGUGCUUCAAGUGUUGAUACACUGAUGUGGCAAGCCAAGACCAGGGCCUGUUUAUGAGUUAUCAGAACUACUGCCCAUAAAUCAGUUCAGACUCCAGGUGGAGAUAAGUGUAGCUCCUUAAGGUCCUUUAAGAGGCAGCAUUCAGAGAAUGGAAUUGAUCCAAAGGUAGAUCAUAAUAAAUAUAUUCAGGAAAACUUAAAAGUUCAUUAAGUGACAUGAAUGGGAGUGUUUUAUAUUUAUCUAAAUCGGGUAAAGGGCCGUGAGGGGAAGGAGGAGAAGCUGAGGCCACUUGGUUCUGUUCAGACUGAGGGGAGGCCUCGCUGCAGCCUCGUGAGGGAAGGGGAGGUGCAGGCCCUGCUCUCUGCUCUGUGUGACCAGGGACAGGACACAGGGAAUGGCUGGAGCUGGGUCAGGGAGGGUCAGGGUGGAUAUCAGGAAAAGGUUUUUCACUCAGAGGGUGCUGGGGCACUGAACAGGCUCCCCAGGGAUGGUCACAGCCCCAGACUGCCAGAGCUCCAGGAGUGUUUGCACAGCGCUCUCAGGGAUGCACUGGGUGGGAUUGCUGGGGGGUCUGUGCAGGGCCAGGAGCUGCACUCCUAAUCCUGAGGAGUCCCUUCUAACUCAGCUUAUUCUGUGAUUCUGAAGUACUUCACCCCAUUUUGAAGCUUUUUAGAGCAAGCGUUAUCUGAUGAAUAAAAACACUUCUGCUGGGCCUCACUGCUCAGCAGGAUCAGUGAGUGGUGACUGAUCCCUCCCAACCUGAGUCUGAACUGCUGUGCACAGUGCGUAACCAGGAAAAAAAAGGUGGAACAGUAAAAACAAAAUCCUACAUGGAUUACUACUACUGUAGUAGCCAUAAACAGGCUACUGUACCCACUGUACUAGCCAUAAAGAGGUGUGCAGCUACACCUUCAGAUAAAAGUUACAGCCCUGGAGAGACUAUUUCCAUGUUUAAUACAACAGUAGUCAUAACUAGUCCAGAUAUAUUUCAAUUUAGGCCAGAAACUUGUCUGCAAAGCAUGUGAACAAUCAGGAAAACAUGGUAUUUUCCAGAAUGUUCUCCAAACCCCUGAGUACGUUUUGGCAGGGAACUUCCACAGCAAUUUACUGUAUCUCUAACUACAGAUAAUAAUGAUCACUGAUUCAUCCAAGGUACCUGUACUCUUACAUAAUUCUGCAUGUACUUUUGCCCUAUUUUCCUUAGUUUUUAAAGAUUAGAUUAGUCCUAUUGAUGAUAGUAAUGCCAUGUUCUUCUGCUCACUGUAUCAAAGCUACAUGCUGACAUAGAAUGAACCACUAACAUACAUUGUGAAAAAGAAAUAAAAUGCAGUUGGGUAUUUCCUGCACAAGAAAUAGGAAGAAGACUCCAAAGUUCAGAACCAGAACUCUAUCUAUUGUCAGAUUCAUGAAAUACAUGGCCUAAACCUGUUUUAAGUAUUCUGAGGUUCAUUAAAUGUAUGUAAUCCAUGUCCAGCUCUGGAAAUCCAUGAGCUGCAAAUGUGCUGAGGCCACAGAAAAACUGGAAAGCACCACUAAAUACAACAUGGUAAAUUUAUAUUCCUCAGGCCUUUCCAUGGCUUCCCAUCUUUAAUUUUACAGAUAUUUUAACACAACUUCCUUCAGUCCAAAGUGAAGAAAUCUGGUUUGGCUACUGCUGUGACUGAACCUGAUUCCUGUCUUACAUCAUCCAUUUUAUCCUCCCACAUGUACUCCCUUUGGAGUGCUACAGCCUUUUCAAUACAAAAUAAACACAACAUGCAGUAUUCAAGAUACACACAAACCACUGAAUUAUACAGUGGAUUAUUUUUAUCCUAUUUGUUAUAUAAUCUUUUUCUAAUAAUUUCUGUUUUUUCAACUGCUAGCACACACUUCAAACCACUAGAUACUUUUCUGAAUUAUAACUGCUCUGUGAAAAUGGAUAUUUUAACACUUAUGUUAGGAUUGUUUUUCAGUUAAGCUCAGCUUAUUUUAUAUACACCUCAGUUUCACCAGGUCCUCUCUUUGCUAACCUGAAUAAUUUGGUAUCAUUACCUUCACAUUGCUCACUGCUCAUUCUCUUUCAUGCCUCUCCCACAGAAUGGGGAAUGCUCUAUUAAACCAGAGCCACAUCCAUAAACGUACCUAGAAUCACAAAAGGGGACAGACCAACCUGUCCCAGAACGGGAGAGAGAAAAACAAACCCACCAUCCAAAGAUUUUUCAGACAAGUGUAUUACUGGUAAGUUUUUCUAACCCAUUUAUGCAUCAGGUUCACACAUAAUGGUAUUUUUCUUCUGUACAGCAUUACUGCUCUUGUAAUUAGAAUGAUUGGUCUCGCUGGGUGGAAUUAGACUAAUUUAAACUUAUUUCUGCAAAAGGUAAAUAGUGUUAUAAGACCAAAAAUUAAAAGCAAAAACCCUCCCCCACACUGGGUCUGGAAAAACUGG